AUGGCCCGCCGACGCCUCGACGCGCGUCCGUCUUCGGCCCGACCCCUCGAGCGCGCGCGUUGCGGCCUGUACAACGCAUCCAACACAUGUUACCUCAACGCCGUGAUCCAGGCGUUGAGACACAGUCGAGAUUUUAUUGAUUAUCUCCUGAGCGACGAGGCGGCGGCGCUGUUUUCGGCGAGAAACGCGACUCUGGGAGCCGACGGGGGGGGCACGCGGCGGUCGUACGCGGCGGAGGAUGAAAUAUUACGAUUCCACGACGGUGUGGGGCGGAAACGACGGAAGACGGGGGACGUGGGGGAUGGGAGCGAGGCGAGCGGGACGAGCGGGACGAGCGGGCGAAGGCGGUUCGCGAUUCGGCCGCCGGCGAUGACGAGAGGAUCGAGGGCGGACAUGGAGAGCGCGGAGGGGUUGGACGUCGGGGCGGAGAUACGGAAGGUGAUGCGAACGAUGAUUGAGGGCGAAUGUGAGGCGUUUCCGCCGCAGGAAUUGUUGCGAAGCGUGUGGAGACUGGUGCCGUCAUUCGCCGGGAACGAGCAGCAGGACGCGCACGAGUUCAUGCGCUUCUUGUUGGAUCGUUUGCGCAAAGAACUGAGCUUGGGGAAAUACGCGGUUAGAACGCGUGGUAUCGUGACGCCGAGACAGAAGGAACACUCGCCGGGAAACGGUGGGAUUCCGCACCCACCCACGCGAGCUCGAAGCGCGCGCAAGCGCAGCGGACGUCUGAGCCCAAGUCCGGGAUUCCUGAAGAACGACGGCGACGAUGAUUUGAACGGAAUGAAGACCAACAGCAAUAGUGACCACUCGUCCUACGUUGGUAUGGCGAAUGAUGAUGAUAAAGAGGAGCGGAACGGCGCCGAAUCGGGAGAAAAUGAUGGGUAUAUCAUCAUCUCUCGCUGGGGCGCGAAGAAGCACAAGAGAGGCUGUAUUUGUCGACCGUGCAAGGCGAAACGUAAGUUGGAGGAGAAUGGCGGCGGAAGCGAUACGAAUGAUGGAGAAGAAACCUCGACGAUGAUGGUCGUCAACACGACUUUGAGUUCUCCCAUAGCGAGCACGCUUGUCACUCCGUCUCGUUUGUCUCGAGGGGUGACGGCAAGCGAGGUGAGAGAGAAGCUCGAGGAGUCACAAAAGGACGUCGUCCCUAAGGCUUCUCCGCGAUCGCCAACUUUGAACACCGACAAGGAGGAUGACAAAAUUAUGGAAUUGUUCGGGGGUUUGGCCGUCACACGAGUCACAUGCAUGACGUGCGAGCGUUUCACGGAACGUCGAGAACCGUUCAUGGAUCUUUCUUUACCAAUCCCAUCCGUGCUAGGUAAAAACGGCUCGGCACCCACAACGCCCGUGUCGCCGUCGAGCGACUUUGUUGACGGUGAGGGUCCGAACGGGGAGGUCACGCUGCAGCAGUGCCUGGCGGCUUUCGUACGAAACGAGACGCUCAGCGGUCACGGUCGUUACUUUUGCGAAGGAUGCGGGAAAGUUCAGAGCGCGACUAAGUCCACACGCAUCGCAAAACUGCCCCCGAUUCUCUGCUUGCACUUGAAAAGAUUCACGUGGAAGGGUCAUACCACGCGCACCAAGCUCACGAACGAUGUAGACUUUCCGUUGGAUGACUUAGACUUAGCGCCUUACUGCGAAAGCGAUGGAGAAGGGGACAAGAAACAGGAAAAGAAGACUGCGGCGUCCUCGGGUAAGAGUCGCACGCCGCUUCGAGGCGCGAACGCGUCGACGCAGCACACACACAGCGAUAAACUGUACGAUCUAAUCGCCGUCGUAACGCACCACGGCUCGAGCGCGAGUAGCGGCCAUUACACCGCUUGCGCUCGAGAGCUCACAGACGAUGGAAGCAACGGUUGGCAGCACUUCAACGACGACGAAGUGAACCUACUGACGCCCGAAGAAGUUCGAAGCGGACAAGGAUAUAUCUUCCUGUACGCGCGCAGGCCGACCGAAACGUCGUAG